AUGAAGACAGCAUUCUUUCUCUGUCCGAUCGAAAAACUUUUCAUCUUACCCUCGAUAUUCGGCGUGAAAUGCUCCCGAUGCGGGGACAGGCUCCUGCCCCACGAGAUGGUGAUGAGGGCCCAGCAGCACGUCUUCCAUUUGCAGUGCUUCGCCUGCAUCGCCUGCGGGCAGCCGUUGCAGAAAGGCGAGCAAUUCGUGCUCAGGGCGGGCCAAUUAUUCUGCCGCGGGGACUUCGAGAAGGAACUGCCCCGCACCAUCCUCACAUCGGCCCAACGCCGACAAUUCAAAGCCUCCUUCGAGGUGUCCCCGAAGCCCUGCAGGAAAGUCCGCGAGGCGCUCGCCAAGGAAACGGGCCUCAGCGUUCGCGUCGUCCAAGUCUGGUUCCAAAACCAGCGGGCCAAAAUGAAGAAAAUCCAACGAAAAGCGAAACAGGACGACGGGAAAUCCUCGAGCGACAAGGAAAAAGACAAUUACCCGGCGCAUUCUGGCGACAGUUUCUGCAGUUCGGACAUUUCCCUGGAUGAUAGUACGAAUUUCGAUCAACUAGACGAGGCUACUUCUGAUACUAUUUCGUUGCAAAAUUUGGAAUUGCAAUCGCAUUCUCAUCACGGCGAUGGAGUUUCUGCGGCUACUUCUACAUCGAUCACGAAUCCCAUUGAUAAGCUUUAUCUGAUGCAGAAUUCUUACUUCAGCACGGAGCAAUAA